UCAUUUGUGAGCUUUUUUACCCAACCUUUGAUUUUUCUACUAUUUCUCAAACAAAAACAAAAACAAAAUGGUCCAAGUGAAGAACAAGAAGAGUGCAUCAAAAAGAAGAUCAAAGAGCAACAAUGGAUUCACAUCAAAAUGCUCUUGUUUAGUUAAAGAACAACGAGCUCGCCUCUACAUUCUCCGCCGCUGCGCCACCAUGCUCCUCUGCUGGUAUAUUCAAGGAGACGAAUAACUUACCCCCCUACAUAUAAAAAUAGUUUUCCCUUAUAUAUAUCCCCUCUCCAUAAAUGCCACUCAUUUUUCAUGUUUUUUAACCUAUAUGGUGACAUUCCAUUGGGUUUUUUUGGCAAAUUGUGGGAGACGGUUCUAUGUAUGUGGAGAUCUUAACUGAGAGAAAAUUGUGUCAUCUUUAUUUCAAUCUAUUUCUUUGUAUGUUGUACUUGUGUACGUACUUUUAAUUUUUAAUGUAAUGUUGUAUUAUUCGAAUAAAGGAUCUACUACUUUAAUAAAAAUACAUUUC